AUGUUCGAUGCCUACGGUACGCAAAACUUGUUCACCUUCACUUCUGGCGUCGAUCAUCGGAACAGGAAGAAAUUGAUCAGUCAUAUGUAUUCUAAUCAGCGAGUGAUGCAGGAUCAAUGUGUGGAGAUGGUGGCCAGGAAGGUGGAGAAUUUUCUUGCAUUGCUGCAAAGGGAGCCUGGACUUGCAAGUGAGAUCUUCACCAGUCUUCACUAUUUCUCCUUGGAUGCUAUCAGCGAGUUCGUCUAUGGUCCAAAGCAUGGAGGAACACAAGCGCUGCUAGGCAAACAAGUUGAUCGCAGGUUGAUCGGCGAUAUCCUUGACCCUGCUAGGAGGAGGCUCGCCUGGUUCAUUGUGCACUUCCCUACAUACACAAAAUGGAUUGUCACCAGGACUGGCUGGCUAGGCAAGCUUGUGCAGAAUGUGGGCGCUCUACCAAUGAACAGACCUUUCACUUACUCAGGCAUCAGAGCUCAUGCUCUCCAAGCUUUCGAUACUUACAAAGCUGCAAUCGAGUCAGGUGAGGAGGUUGCCGAUGAUAGCACUGUGAUGGGACGACUUUUCCAGGUUCGAGAGAAGCACGCGCUUUCAGACAUGGAUGUUGCCUCAGAGUGUGCCGAUCACCUACUCGCUGGCAUUGAUACCACAGCAGACUCCUUGAUGUUUAUGAUAUGGGCGCUUUCUCUGCCUAAGCAUGAGCACUAUCAGCAUCGUCUUAGGAAUGAGCUUAGCCUCGUGACAACCAAUGACCAAGCUUAUCCAACCCCGAAGCAGUUGAACGAGCUCCCGUGGCUGAACGCUUUGCUCAAAGAGUCCUUGAGGCUAUAUACUCCUUUACCAGCUUUCGAACCCCGACAAGCACUUACGGACACUAUCAUCGACGGCCAUGUCAUUCCUGCUCAGACGGUUGUGGGCAUGUCGCCAUACUGCAUGCAUAGAGAGCCGUCAGUCUUUCCAGACCCUAAAGUGUUCAGACCAGAACGUUGGCUUGACGAAAAUGGAAAGCUUCUACCUGAAUCCGCGAAUGAGAACAAAUGGUUCUGGGCAUUCUCAUCAGGUGCUCGGAUGUGCAUCGGGAUCCAUCUAGCAAAUGCAGAGAUGCAGAUGUUGAUUGCUGCGAUAUAUCGCCACUACGUCACCUCUACCCGUCACCAUGAAUGCACACCUGCUAUCACUAGCAGAUACGAAAUAUUCGCAGACGAAAGGAUGAGCCAGGCGAAAGAGCACGAAUGCUGGAUCGAGUUUCAAAAGAUCUAA